GCGCGGAGCUCGAUGCGGUGCCCAGGUUUCCCUGCAAAGGCGCUGGCUCGGCUGGCAAGCCCGGGCACUCCGGCACUGCCACGGGCGGCCACGCCUCCCGCCUCUUUUUUCUUGCCGCACUAUAUGUGAACAUCCCCGACAUGCAGAGCACUCGAGCUGGAGCACCCGGCCAUGGAGCCCGCGCGGGAGCAGCACCUGCUGGACCACCUGGCCAUCUUGAUGGCAGUAUGCGGCGUGUUCACAUUCCUGUUGAUCAAGAUCCUGGGCUCGUUCUACGGGCGCUACUCGAACGGCAGCAGCCACUGCAUGCUGCCGGCGCGGCUGGCCUGGGUGCUGCAGGAGCUGCCCUCGCUGGUGGUGCCCCUCUGGUGCGCCCGGGCCGGAGAUGGACACCUGCACUACUGGCCCAACAGGAUCCUCCUGGCCAUGUUCGUCGCGCACUACCUGCAAAGGUCCCUGAUCUUCCCCUUUCUGAUCCGAGGAGGAAAGCCAUCCCCCUUCACAAUUUUCCUGAGUGCCGCCAUCUUCUGUACCUUUAAUGGGUACAUGCAGGGCCGGUACCUGAGCCAGUUUGCUGUAUACCCUGAUGACUGGGUCACUGACCCCCGCUUUGUCCUCGGUGGUAUCCUGUGGCUCACUGGCCUGGUGAUCAACAUCCAUUCAGACCAUAUCCUGAGGAAUCUCCGGAAACCAGGGGAGACCGGCUACAAGAUCCCACGUGGAGGUCUCUUUGAGUAUGUCAGCGCUGCCAACUACUUCGGGGAGUUGGUGGAGUGGUGCGGCUUCGCACUGGCCAGCUGCUCCUUCCAGGCCUGCAGUUUUGCCUUCUUCUCCUUCUGCUUCCUGUUUCCUCGGGCCGAGCACCACCACAGGUGGUACCUGGAGAAAUUCAAGGAUUACCCAAAGUCAAGGAAGAUCUUGAUCCCCUUCUUGCUGUAAGCCCAGAUCCUUGGGCUUCUCCAGGCAAAGAUGAGGUGGAUUGUGUGCUUCGAGCAGCCUCACUUCAUGGAGAAGGUUCGAGAAGGGACCGUCUUCACUCCCCCACUCCCGUUCCUGUUUCUGCUGGAACGCACACUGCACCUUGUCUUCUAGUGAUCUAGCACCCGUGAUGAGUGUCCACAGCUUGGGGGAAAAGAACCUGU